AUGGAGAUGGUGAAAGGUAAGUCGACCAAAGGUAGGCAAAGGAUUGAGAUGAAGACCAUCAAAGGUGAGGAGGCACGGCAGGUAUCCUUCUCCAAGCGCCGCCCAAGCUUAUUCAAGAAGGCCAGUGAGCUUUCCACCCUAUGCGGUGCGGAGGUUGCUAUUGUCACCUUCUCCCCUGGGGGCAGGUGCUUCUCAUUUGGCCAUCCGUCUACUUUGUCUGUUGCUGACCGCUUCCUUGUCGAGCACACUUUGGAUGGCCUCACCAUAGGAAGUGGGAGCCAUGGUACUCAAGGAUUGACAGGUACAAGCCAUGAGAUGAAUCAUCAGGUUAUGGAGUUGCAACAAUUAAUGGAGACCGAGAAGAGGAGUAAGGAGAGGGCAGUAGAGGCUAUGAAGAGGGAGAGUCAGGGGCCCGUAAUGCAAUUGUUGAAUGCCAAUGUUGGUGCAUUAGGGUUACAAGAGUUGGAGGUGUUGAGAAAGGACCUUUAUAUGGUACACGACAUGGUCAAGGAGAGGUCCCAUGAGGUGCUGGAAGAUGCCAUGCGA